GAGCAGAUUGAAAUAUGGCUUUCUACAUGUUGAUGCCGGUCUACACAGAUGAUGGAGUGUUGCUGCAGUGUGAGGUUCGAGGUGCUGCUCCCAAACCUAGAGUAGAGUGGCAGGACAGAGAUGGAAACAAACUUCCUGCUGAAGACCCGCAGGUCUCUGAAAGAGGAGACAGAUACCACAUCACCCUCCAGACUACUGUGACCAAGACCGGCUGCUGUCGCUGUGUCGUCACACAGGAGGAAACCAACCGGAGGACUCAUGCUGAGAUUUAUGUGGCUAUUAUUGUCAAAAUGAGCAUCUGGACCAAAAUUCUUGGAGCUGUUGUUCCUGCUGUUGUACUUGGAGUUGCAGGAGCAGCUUUUCUUUUACGUUGAAUUAACCUCAAGAACAAGUAAUACAAGUAAGUGUCCAAUACUGUUAACCCUAGACUAACCAUCUCUUUCUAUUGUGAAAGCAAUACAGUAGGAGUCUUCAUUUAAGAAAGGGACAAUAAACUCAUGAUUACACAUGUUAAAAUGCCAGAAUUAACCAAAAAGGCUAUUUUUUAUCUGUUAAAUACAAACAAACAAGAAAGAAAUACAACACAAGCAGAGCAAAAAGAUUGGCAACAAAACAACCAACAAAGCAGAACGAGUUACAAGUAAAACAUCAGAGCAGAGAGAACAAAGAUUAGAAAAGA